AUGAAAAUUUCUACAGAAAGCUUAGUUUUAACAUCUGGAGCAUACCGUCAUUAUGGUGGAGAAUGGAAAUCAACUUUCGAGUUCACCCCAAGUGAUUGCUUGGUUUUUGCAGAUUGGCACUAUUUUCCGACGUCUUAUUGUUUGGUCGGGUUGUUACAGGAAAAACACCUAAACCUUACAGGUCUGUCCAUAGGAUCGAAUGAUUCAUGGCUCUUUAUCGCAACACCUGAAUCCAUCACUGGAAUUGAAAAAAAUCACGGGAAUAGCGUCUCUGCUGAUAUAUCUGUUGUUCAAGUAGCUUCAGAUGGUCAGAAUGUAUAUUGUGUGAAGGACGAAACUGUUACCUUACUAAAAGUUUGUGAUUUUGGAAAUAUCAUUGCAGUUGAUCGCCCACUUAGUUUAACAAUAAAAAUAAGAUCGAUAUCAUGUGGUCUAGGGUUUUUGUUAUGUUUAACAUUUUCAGGACAGGUGUUUAGUCAGGGUAUAGGAAGUCGAGGUCAGUUGGGUUUAGGUGAUUUAACUGACAAAACUGAACUGACUAUAAUUGAAGCUUUACAAAUAUUGACUGUUACUCAAAUUGCAGCAGGAAAUUGGCAUUCAGUAUGUUUGACUGAUACAGGAGACGUUUAUACUUGGGGUUGGAAUGAACAUGGUCAACUAGGGCACAGGUCCCUUGGAAUCAGUAAUAAAUCAAACUCUAUCACCGAGAAAGAACGGGAAAGUUGUGUAUCUGUCUUGGCCCUUCCUACUCCAGUAGAUUUCCCUGAUAACCUAUCUAUUUCACAAGAAAAACACCUAAACCUUACAGGUCUGUCCAUAGGAUCGAAUGAUUCAUGGCUCUUUAUCGCAACACCUGAAUCCAUCACUGGAAUUGAAAAAAAUCACGGGAAUAGCGUCUCUGCUGAUAUAUCUGUUGUUCAAGUAGCUUCAGAUGGUCAGAAUGUAUAUUGUGUGAAGGACGAAACUGUUACCUUACUAAAAGUUUGUGAUUUUGGAAACAUCAUUGCAGUUGAUCGCCCACUUAGUUUAACAAUAAAAAUAAGAUCGAUAUCAUGUGGUCUAGGGUUUUUGUUAUGUUUAACAUUUUCAGGACAGGUGUUUAGUCAGGGUAUAGGAAGUCGAGGUCAGUUGGGUUUAGGUGAUUUAACUGACAAAACUGAACUGACUAUAAUUGAAGCUUUACAAAUAUUGACUGUUACUCAAAUUGCAGCAGGAAAUUGGCAUUCAGUAUGUUUGACUGAUACAGGAGACGUUUAUACUUGGGGUUGGAAUGAACAUGGUCAACUAGGGCACAGGUCCCUUGGAAUCAGUAAUAAAUCAAACUCUAUCACCGAGAAAGAACGGGAAAGUUGUGUAUCUGUCUUGGCCCUUCCUACUCCAGUAGAUUUCCCUGAUAACCUAUCUAUUUCACAAGUAACUUAUUUUCUUAACGAAUGUGUUGUCGGCCGGUAUAAAAUUAGAUGUUAUUUCCGUGUUUGA